GAUAACAAGGUUAAUGCAAUGAUUUUAAAAACAAUGUUAAGACAAGCUGGAUUUAAUAAUUACGAUGUAGCUACUAAUGGGCUUGAAGCGGUUCAAAGAUUUUCUAAAAAAUUAUAUGAUAUAAUAUUUAUGGAUUUACAAAUGCCGAUUUGUGAUGGGAUUGAAGCAACGAAAGAAGUAGGCUCUUCAUGA